CUUUGACGGCAUCUUGGAUUUUGGAUAUUUGGGUAUUGUUUGCAACUUUGCAUCACCUGCCCCACUCAGAGCUGUCGCCGGGAAUUAAGCCGAAAAUCUCUCUUCUCCUUCCGUUUCAAAACUGAAAGCUUCACAAAUUUCAAACCUGAAAUUCAUUCCUCAUUUGUAAAUCUCGCAUCGGCAUUUCGAAUCUCUGUAUUUUCUUCAGAGGCAGAGAUCGGUAGUUACAGGCAUGGCGGCGGCACCGACGGCUCGCGACGAGAACGUGUACAUGGCCAAGCUGGCGGAGCAGGCAGAGAGGUACGAUGAGAUGGUAGAGUUUAUGGAGAAGGUUUCAUCUUCUCUUUCCGAGUCCGAGGAGCUUACCGUGGAGGAGCGCAACCUCCUCUCAGUCGCCUACAAGAACGUCAUUGGCGCUCGACGGGCUUCGUGGAGAAUCAUCUCCUCCAUCGAGCAGAAGGAAUCGUCUAGGGGAAACGAGGAGCACGUCAACUCCAUCCGCGACUACAGAUCGAAAAUCGAGACGGAGCUUUCUGGCAUUUGCGACGGAAUCCUCAAGCUUCUAGACUCCAGACUCAUUUCCUCCGCCUCCGCCGGCGAUUCAAAGGUCUUCUACCUCAAGAUGAAGGGCGACUACCACCGCUAUCUCGCUGAGUUCAAGACUGGUGCUGAGCGUAAAGACGCCGCUGAGAGCACCCUUUCGGCCUAUAAAUCCGCCCAGGACAUUGCAAGUGCUGAGCUUGCACCAACACACCCAAUACGCCUUGGGCUGGCUCUGAACUUUUCUGUAUUCUACUACGAGAUUUUGAACUCCCCAGACCGUGCUUGUAGUCUUGCAAAACAGGCCUUUGAUGAAGCAAUUGCUGAGUUGGAUACCCUUGGAGAGGAGUCGUACAAAGAUAGCACCUUGAUCAUGCAACUUCUUCGUGACAAUCUGACUCUGUGGACAUCCGACAUGCAGGACGAUGGCGGUGAGGAAAUCAAGGAAGCUCCUGCAAAGAAAGAAGAAGAGCAACAUUGAGUUUGGUUGCCCAGCUUUUACUAGCAUUUUGAGUUCAGCUUUACUAGCAUUUUGAAUUCUUCUUGAGCGUUUUUAUUACAAGGUUGUGUUUAGGCCUGCUCAUAAUAUUAAAAUUAAAAUAUGAACUAUUCUAAAAUCUUCUUUAUCAUCCCUUCCUUUGGCCGUUCUGUGACUUCUGCCAGAGAUGAUUUUUUUUAAUUAGGCAUCCUUUUAGUUUUGUUUGCGACUUUGCUCAUUGUUAGAUCUAUAAAAUCUCAAGGAUACAUCCACAUUUUGGAUUAGCG